CGUCCCUCCUCGCCUCGCCUCGUCUCUAAACUACCUAUCUGUUUCUGUUUGUGUGCACAGGCUUCCUCCCGCGCCGACCCUCGAAGCCAAGCCAAGCCGCUUUCACCAUGGGGUCCGACCUCGAGUCGCAACCAACGCGGCCCGCCCGUAUCGCCUGGCUCACCCAGGUCUUCAACCCCAAGGUCGUCACUGACCAUGUCAAAAACUCCCACUACGAGGGCAGCGGCACCGAUGAAGACCCUUACGUCGUCAACUGGUUGCCCGACGACCCUCGCAACCCCAUGAACUACCCGACCUCGGUCAAGUGGGCCAUUACCAUGCUGGUCGCCAUUGCCACCCUGGCCGUCGCCUUCGUCUCCUCGGCCUACAGCGGUGGCGCUUCCAAAAUCAUGAUUGAGUUCGAGGUCGAACAGGAAAUUGUUAUUCUUGGUGUCUCGCUCUUUGUCCUGGGUUUUGCGAUUGGCCCGCUGAUCUGGGCCCCCAUGAGUGAACUCUUUGGACGUCAAAAGCUCUUCUUCGGCACUUACAUGGUGCUGACGGCAUUCAAUGCUGGCGCCGCCGGCUCGAAAAACAUCCAGACGCUCAUCAUCCUCCGCUUUUUCGCCGGCGCAUUCGGUUCCUCGCCGCUGACUAACGCCGGAGGCGUCAUCGCCGACAUGUUCCCCGCCGCCCAGCGCGGUCUCGCUAUGACUCUUUUUGCGACUGCGCCGUUCCUUGGCCCCGUCAUCGGUCCCAUUGUGGGUGGCUUCGUCGGCCAGACGAUUGGCUGGCGCUGGAUUGAGGGCAUCAUGGCCAUCUUCACCGGCGUGCUCUGGAUCCUGUGCGCCUGCCUCGUCCCCGAAACCUAUGCCCCCGUCCUGCUCAGGCUCCGCGCCGAGAAGCUCUCUGAGCUCUCUGGCAAGGUGUACAGGAGCAAGGCCGACGUCGACACGGGCAAGGUUACCAUCGGCGAGGCUUUCAAGACGGCCCUCUCGCGCCCCUGGAUCCUUCUCUUUAAGGAGCCCAUUGUCCUCUUACUAAGCAUUUACAUGGCAAUCAUCUACGGAACGCUUUACAUGUUGUUCUCGGCCUUUCCCAUCACAUACCAGCGCUACCGCGGCUGGUCCACGGGCAUUGGCGGCCUGGCCUUCCUGGGCGUCGCCGUGGGCAUGCUUGGCGCGGUUAUCUACUCACUCUGGGACAACAAGCGGUACGUCAAGGCGGCGGAAAAGGAUCCGUCGGGCUUCGCGCCGCCAGAGGCCCGUCUACCGCCCGCCAUCAUCGGCGGCAUCGCCAUCCCCAUCGGCCUGUUCUGGUUCGCGUGGACCAACUACCCCAGCAUCCACUGGAUGGCGUCGAUUGCGGCGGGCGCGCCAUUUGGCUUCGGCAUGGUGCUCGUCUUCCUGGCCAUCAUGAACUACCUGAUUGACGCGUAUACGAUCUUCGCGGCCUCGGUGCUGGCCGCCAACGCGGUUCUGCGCUCGCUCUUCGGCACGGCGUUCCCGCUCUUCACGACGUACAUGUACAACAACCUCGGCAUCCACUGGGCCUCUUCGAUCCCGGCCUUCCUGGCUCUUGCCUGCGUCCCAUUCCCCUUCCUCUUCUACAAGUACGGCCCGGCCAUCCGCGCGCGCUGCGAGUACGCGGCGCAGAGCGCGGCCUUCCUGGCCAAGAUGCGCGGGCAGAUGGCGCCGGCGCAGCCCGGGCAGCAGGGCGAAGUCGGCUCGAACUCGAGCCUGGAGCUGGCCGAGGAAGAGAAGCGCGGCGAGCAGAGCACGGCGCAAAGCACAGCUCCCGCCGCAGACGUCGACGCCGACGCAAAGGAGCCCGCCGAGCCCGCCGAGAGCAGCAACGACGUCUCGAGGCAGCCGUCACUGGCGAAUGGCGGCGAGAAAGAGGAUAGCCGGUUUCAGGCUAUCAAGCCGUCUGGUGAGCCGUUGGGCCGCUCGCAUAGUCGUGCCACGACUGUGGCGAGCCGUAGGAGCGUAAAUUACGAGGGCAGUCCGUAUGAUAUCGAUCGCGUUAAUACGAACGAGAGCUUUAAGCGGGUGGCGAGUAAGAAGGGGCGGAAAUAGGCGGUGGUAAUUGGAAGGGAGGGAGAGGGCGUGGUUAAUGGAGAUGGUGUGGGUGAGGUGGAGUGAGGUGGAUUCUUGAUUGGUUGGUUGGUUGGUUUUGGAAAAAUUACUGAUAGCUGUAGUGAUACUGUAGUGAUGAUACCCCUGCGAUAGGAUUGGUAGUUGGUUUUUAGGGGGUUUGGGUCUGGAAGCAAAAGUUUCUUCCAUAGGAUCGGAUCGGAUUAGACGAAAAAUAGCAUGGUUUAAUGAUGGCUG